AUGAAUCGUUUCCCGAGAGGAGAGAAUGGAGGAGUGUUGACGGACCGUCGGGAGCUGUCGCCGCCGUCCAGCAACGCUCCGCAGACGGCCGUGCCCUCGGCUCAGAUCCGGGCGCCUUUCUCCGCGGAGUGCCGGAGGAGCGGCGAGAGACGGAGCCGGGCCGGGACGGAGUGGGAGGCGGCGGCGGAACCUGCGCCUCCCGUGGCGCCGCGCGGCGGCGGCGGCGGCGGAGCGGACGCGGAGCGGCGAUGCGCCGGGCUCGCCGCUAGCAAAGCGCGCCGGGACGCCGACGACGGAGCCGCUUCCGAGAUGAUCUCCGCGACGGGCCAGGCGAUCCGAGCCGCCGACGACGACGACAACCGCACCGCCGGCCCCGGCGCGGCCGCCGACGGCGCGGCGGCGGCGGCCUCCCCCGCCGCCCCCUGCGCCAAAGCGAAGGAGGAGAGGAAGGGCAAGAACGUGAUGCGGGGCUGGAAGAGGGAGAGGGACGCGGCUCCGCUCAGGACGAGGAAGGAGAGGCACGGCGACGGCUGCUCUCCCUCCGUCUUCCCCUCCGGCCUGCCCGAGCACCUGUGCAGGGACAACCCGGGCCACGGUGCCGCCGACUGCCGGGCGACGGGGGAGAAUAGAAGCGGGGCUAAAGGAGCUAUUGUCGUCCGGCGCCAGGAGGAGGCGUCCGCCGGCACCCCGGCCGCCAAGAGGCAGAGAGGAGCGGAGAAGGUGGAUCCCAUGUUCACAGUGCCAGCCCCCCCAGCCCCAGGCCACCCAGCCCCUCCGGGGCCCUCCCUGCCCUCGGCCCCAUCCUUCUCCCCUUCGGCACUGCCCCCCUCCAACCCCAAGCAGCUGGCAGUGAGGACGCGCUCCAUCGGUACCAACACCCAGGACCGCGCUGCUCCAGGGGCCUCGGAGGGAGACUCGGCCUACCUUGGGCCCUGCCAGCCGGGGACCAGUGUUAACCUGGAGGGCAUCGUGUGGCAUGAGACAGAGGAAGGUGUUUUGGUGGUGAAUGUAACGUGGAGAAAGAGGACCUACGUGGGGACGCUUUUAGACUGUACGAAACACGACUGGGCUCCUCCAAGGUUUUGUGAGUCUCCUUCUAGCGACUCUGAAAUGCCAGGUGGGCGUGGCAGAGGAAAACGGAUGCGGGUGGCUAUUGCCGAGCGACCCUGUGUUGAGCCUGCUCCUGCUGCUAAGGUCAGGGGCCUAUCACAGCACAGGAGUCGUGGAGGAGGUGUGAGUGGAGCUGCUGGACCAGUCCACAGCAAGGGGAGGAGAGGCAGCCUGAACCUCAUUAACAGCAACUGUCGAGCGCCCCCCUCAUUCUUCACCGUAGAGGAGGUGAAACCUCCCAACAGCACCUCCUCUCUCUCUUCCGGCAAACGGAAAAACAAACCCCCGGCUGACCUUGACCUCAGCCUGGUUUCUGCCGAUGAUAUGAAGAACGGCAAUGGCAAGAGAAUCCGGACCAAGUCCCGCAGCGCUCCAUCCACGCCGCAGGGCAAGUCCGACCCAUCCUUCAUGGACCCAGGAGGGGGCUGCUCCUCCCCGCCUCCUCCCCCGCCACCCAUCCUUAUUGACUGCCCCCACCCCAACUGCACCAAGCGAUACAAGCACAUCAAUGGCCUGCGCUACCACCAGACACAUGCACACCUGGAGGCUGAAGAGCAGAGGAAGCCAGAGAUAGAAGCCCUGAAAGAUGGGGAGAGUGAGGAAAGGUUAUCCGACUGUGAGGAGACCAUUGGCAAUGUGACCUACGACCUCCCUGAGACAAACAGCAACAUCAAUAAUGCUAAUGUCACUGGUGCAUCCAAGAAGCCAACACCUCUAUACAAGGUGACCACAGUGGGGUCUCCUAAGAACAGACGGCUGCUCCUCAGCACAGACCACAGUCCCACGGCCAACUCCAAAACCAGAAGAACGUCACUGCUCAAAGAGGGACUCAUCGAUGAUCUCAGCAGUCUGCCGAUCAUCUCCAACAUGACGGUGGUCCUGGAGAACUGCAUGGUGCCAGACAGGAGCUCAACUGUUGAAAUGCCCAAACUAGAAGCUGAGGGUUUGAUUGACAAGAAGGGAGGAGGGUGUGACAAGGGAAAGAAGGCCAAUGGGAAAGUGGAGAAGUUGUCCAAGUCUCGCACCAACCGGCCCAUCGCUCCAGCCCCAGCUCCCCCAAAGCUGAUCGCCAUCCCCAACACUGCAUAUAACACCAGCAACAGCACAGCCGAUACUGCCACCCAGCAGCAGCCACAGCCCAUGGCCGCCGUAGGGCUCACCAGUAAAACCCUUCCCCUGAAACCGAUUAAGCCAAAGCUGAGUAUCGUGGUGGAGCCAAGCCUUGUCAAAGCCACAUUGGUCACCUGUAGCAAAGAGACCAGGAAGAAAGAGAAACGGAGGCUGAAGGACAAACAUAACAAGGACACGCCCACCAGGACCCCCAAUGGAGACAAUGGCAGCAUCAAAAUGGAGGAUGGAGGAGGCAGCUUGAAAAUGUCCUCCAAGGAAGUUUGUGGGAGCCUCCUAAAGGAGCACCUAAGUAAACAGGACAUGAUGAACGGACUGACAGAGAGCCAGGAGAGCAGGAUGGCCAGUAUCAGAGCAGAAGCCGACAAGGUCUAUACCUUCACUGAUAAUGCUCCCAGCCCCUCUAUUGGCGGCGCUUCACGGCUUGAUGCCGGUGGAAGUUGCCUGGUGACUGCAGACGGGAGCAGCAAGAACAACAGCCCUGCCUACUCUGACAUCUCAGAUGCUGGGGAUGAUGGAGGACCUGCGGAAUGUCGCACCGAUGGCCCAAGGUCCAAGUCAGGGUGUGCCGUGACCGCUGAGGUGAUCUCAAACAAUAACCAUGGCAACUCUGGUAAAACCCCUCCGACAGCAUCCGCCCCGCUGUCAAAAGAAACCCACUCACCAUACUACCACGGCUACCAUGAGCCCUACUACCUACAGGGGUAUAUGCAGUCAGACAGGCACAACAGCAGCUCAUCCUUCCAUAAGAGCUCCGCCCAUGAGAGUAAAGGGAAAGACAGGAAGGAGGACAUCAAAGAGGAUGAGAAAAGCUCCUCCCAUGAGUUCUCGGACUCUAAAAAAGCCGACGGCCCUCCUCAGUCGCAGCUCCAGCUGGCAAUGAGUCAGACCCAGACGGCACUGGCCCAGUCUCUGUACUAUGGUCAGUACUCCAGAGGACUAUACAUGGACCAGAAACUGCUGUUGGCGUCCAAAUGCUGUGAGCAGCCAUCUCCUGUCAAGCCAAGGGGCGAGAGAGGACAGGGGGCAACAGGCAGAGACAGUGAGGAAGUUAAACACAUGGUUGGCGGCUCUGCUGGUAUACCAUUGCUGGCUAAAGGCGUGGACGGUGCCAAAGGGUGCUGUUCCAAACCAAUCCUGUCCUAUGUGGAGAUGGGCGACCGAGGGGAGAGGGGUGAGAGGGGACAGGGUCUAGGUCCACAGCAUUACGGGCCUAAGGUGACGCACGGUGGCAUGGCGGAACAGCAUCAGGGCUUGGUGAAAGACUGUGAUGACAUCAAGUCAUCCUCCUCCUCUUCCUCAUCACUCCACAACCCAAACAGUCAGACAGAUCUGGACUCAAAUGUUUCCUUUUCCAGUCCCUCAGACGGCCCGACCUGGGCUCACCGCCUUGCUCACAGCAAAUACGAGUUGCUACAGGGCCACCAUGCUGACGAGGCCAACCAGGUGGAAGGAGACAGGGAAAAGGAAUGGGCUGCUGCCAUGGAGCCUGCAGGAGCCAAGAUGGCGGCGGGUGGGGGAGGAGUGGGAGAGCGAGGUGCAGUCAGCGGUGACGCCAAAAAGGCCAGGGCCCAAGCUUCCCAUGACCUCCCGCCCACCAUCGACAUGGAAGAUGCUGAUAGGCUUGAGGUUCUGGAGGAACAGGGCCCGGAGCCGGUGGUGGUGCUGUGUGAGGAGUCCCAGAGCGCCCGGGCGGCGGUAUCGCCUCCCAUGACCCCCCAGCAGCCAUACAUACAGUACCAGCAGUACCCUCCCUACCUGGCCAUGUGUGAGAGUGGGGGGGGCUCCUUCCGAGGGGUGUCACCCACCCUGGUCCACAACUACCCCGGUUUCCACUACCCUCUUUAUGGUAAGACAGCGGGGAGGGAGGACUCAGAGGUCAGUCCGCCCAGCAGAGGAUCAGCGAUGGGAAGCAAACAGACCUCUGAGCCUUCAGCCGUGGAUCUCCUGCAGCAGCCGGGCCUGCAGUACCAUGGCAAGUCCCCGGCUCCUGGUGAGAAGGGUUCCCCUGAGGGAGAGAGAGAGACGGAGCGAGAAAGGAGCCACGUGGCAUUCGCCCGACACCUGCACACACAUCACCACACACACCUGGGAGUGAGCUACAACCUCAUGUCAGGACAGUACGACAUCUACCAAGGUCUGGGCUCCAGGUCGCUCGUCUCCAGUCAGCAGGUAGCGGGACACCCCUCUGCAGAGGGCGAUGGGAAGAAGUAG